AUGUUUCGCAACCGAACCAAUUCGCAAAAACCCGACGGGAAGCUGCUAGAUGAAUUCAAGGCCACCUUUCCGCAUCUCGCACAGCGCUCGCACUCUCUCACAGGCCCACAAGGCUCCUCACUCGCAGAUGCGCUCGAUGUCGCGCAUCCCACCCGACAGGCGGGCGAUCACGAAGACAUCAAGGACCAAGACCCGACUCCGCGCGGGAACAACGAGCCGUGGAGAUUCACCCCAUCUUUGCUCGACCCCAACAGCUUUGCAUUUACCUCUUUUGCAAACCAGCCCCCUGGCUACUACACGCCUACACCAGGCGGCACCAACACGCUCUACCACAGCCAGGCCGGCGAUCUGCACACGCCCGGCUUCAGCUUUGGCCUAGGGACACCACUGUCGCUACCCACCUCGGAAGGCGCGCUGCACGCUGGCCAGACCGCACCCACAGGUCAUCUUCAUGGUUUCAAUCCUCAUGCCAUCGGAACCCAUCAUCACUUCCAAAAUGUCAACCCCUUCAACCUGCAGCCUCAACAUUCCCAGUCGUUUGCGCCGCAUCAGUUCACAAAUCAACCUUCCGCAUUCGAACAUGGUGCAUUGGCGCAAUCUCAUGAGGACGCGCCAAUGGACAACAUGGUUCCAGAGGUCGACAUGCAAGAUCAAUCGCCUCUGAUUGGCUUUGCACCUCACUCCUACGACGGAAACCUUGCGGCCACAGUCGCAUCAGCGCCUCCUCCAAAUCAAAACUUCCGAUACCACGUUACUUUGAACGCACCGACUGCAAUGAUCAAACAGUCAGACGAAGUUCCAGUGACCUACCUCAACAAAGGCCAAGCCUACUCAAUUUCCCUCGUGGACACAGCCCCGGUUCAAACACCUUCACCAUCUCUAAAGUACAGGACCUUUAUUCGUAUUUCAUUCGAGGACGAACAGCAGCGACAACGCCCCGCCGCUUGCUGGCAGUUGUGGAAAGAGGGCCGCGGGACCAACGAGGCACACCAACGUGGUGGGCGUCUGCAAGCUGUUGAAUUCGUAGACCCAAGCCAGGUUGGCGGGGGUGACGCCCAGGGACGGCCAAAAGUAGAGCUCGAGUCUUCUUCCUUUGACGGAUUUUCCGUCACAUGGACGCCUAACCACAACGCUACGCCCGAAUGCUCUUUGGCUGUACGCUUCAACUUCCUCUCUACCGACUUCAGUCAUUCCAAGGGCGUCAAAGGCAUUCCAGUUCGGUUAUGCGCCAAAACUGAGCUAAUCACCGACGUCACUGCAUCGCCCCAAGAGAGGAUGGAUGCCGAGCUUUGCUAUUGCAAGGUCAAGCUUUUCCGAGACCAUGGCGCCGAGCGAAAACUGUCAAACGACGUUGCACAUGUCAAGAAGACCAUCGACAAGUUGAAGCAACAGAUUGCGCAGGUUGAGUCUGGAAUGAAAGACUUCGGCAAGCGCAAGCGCAGCGGGUCGAUAUCCAGGGGCAGUGCUGGCUCAAGACCGGGAAAAGUGCCCAAGCACAAGAGAACAUGGUCCAUGUCUUCAGCAAGCUCAGCAUCGGGUGCUCGUGCACCUGCUGAAGAAGACCUACACAUCAAGCUGGCAGCUCUGCAGGACAUGUUUAGCUCCACCAGACCUGUCAGCGUCUUGUAUCUGAACGGAGCUGAGCAAGACGAUCCAGACCUCCAUCCGGUGCAACUAUCUGCAACUCCCGAGGAGUUGUCCAAGAUCGAUACCAGUGUAGAUGCGCAAAUGUGGGAGGCACAAGGUUCUCAAACCGGCGCCUCAUCAAUCGUGUCUCCAACCCCGAGUUCACAAUCUCUCCACUCUGAAAAGCGUCGAACUUCCUCGUUUCAACGUCCGAAGCCUUUCCAACCACCCUCGCGCAUGUCAUCUAACGAAUGGAGAAGCCUCCCGCAAACAGCUACCGGGGACCUCAAAGGCAUGGUUAGCGUUCACGGAGGCGCAGAUGUUCCGACAAAGGUUCAGCGACCAUAUUCGGACGACCAUGCUCUUUCAGGAUGGAUUGAGGCUCUGGGCGUGGAUCAGACUUAUCAACCACCACCGGAGCCUAUGCUCAAGCCAGUCGCGUGCUUUUUUGUCCAACCUAGGAUCGCGGGCCGACAGCCCGAAGACAACUACUUCCGCGCCGUAUACCUCAUGGAACGAAGCGUAAAGGAACUCGUAAGCGGAAUUGCAAUGAAGAUCCAUAUUGAACCAACAAAAGUCACCCGAACCAUCCGCGUCAACCAAAAGGGACUGCAGAUUCUCAUGGAUGACGAUGCGGUCAAUGGAAUACCAGAACAACAGGACAUGACAGCCGAGUUCCAUGAGAUUGGCACACCGCCAGCGCAGCCCCUGAAGCGAGAGUGGGACGCUGGCCCUACGGACAUCCAAGUCGAUGGAGACAUCGGCGUCGUCGAAAACGUCCACUCGACUGGGUACGAGCUCCGUCUUCUGUUCUAA